UCCGCCUCCGCCAAAAAUCUCUCCGCUAUCGCAUGAAAGGGGAUUGAGUUAUGAUCAUCAGGAAAUCGAAGGCAAACCCUGCAACCAAGCGGACCAUUAGCUCUAUCUGGAAGAAGAUCACCACCCUCCGCACGCUCAAGCAAAUUCAUGCUCACAUGGUUGUCCAUGGCUUCAACAGCGAUGCCUCUGCGGUGCGAGAGCUUGUGUUUGCCUGUGCCAUCACCAUCCCUGGCAACAUGCAUUACGCCCGCAAGAUCUUCGGCCAUGUCCUGGCACCGGAGGUUUUCAUCUGGAACACCAUGAUCAGAGGUUUCUCUCAAAGUUCGGUGCCCAUUGAGGCCAUUUUUGUGUACACCCAGAUGGAGAAAUCUCACGUGAAGCCAGAUAGCUUCACGUUUCCUUUUCUCCUGAAGGCAUGCUCGAAGUUAGGAUCUAUUUCCGUGGGUAACCAAGUGCACUGUCGUGUUCUAAAGCUGGGGCUUCAAUCGGAUGUGUUUGUGAGGAACUCUCUCAUCCACUUGAAUGCAGGUAGCGGCAGCUUGGAAGUUGCCCGCCACUUGUUUGAUGAAAUGGCUCAGAGAGAUGUUGUUGCUUGGUCUGCUCUCACAGUUGGGUACGCGAGGAGGGGCAAGAUAGAGGAUGCACGCUACUUGUUUGAUAGAAUGCCUGAGAGAGACUUGAUUUCAUGGAAUGUCAUGGUCACAGCAUACACAAAGUGCGGCGAUAUGGAGUCGGCUCGUCGACUGUUCAAUGAGAUCCCUCAGAGGGACGUUGUUUCAUGGAACGCAAUGAUUUCUGGGUAUGUGCUUUGUGGGGAUCAGAGCCGAGCAAUGGAGUUGUUUGACGAGAUGCAGCAGGCGGGUGAGAGGCCUGAUGAGGUUACCAUGUUGAGUCUGCUUUCGGCUUGCGCUGAUGUCGGGGCCUUAGACGUUGGUAAGAGGAUUCACACCGUUUUGGAACAAGGUGAUGCAGUCAAUGAAUUGAGCGUCGUUCUGGGAAACGCACUCAUAGACAUGUAUGCAAAAUGCGGUAGCAUAGUUGAUUCGCUGAGGGUGUUUAACCAGAUGCAUGAAAAAGAUGUUUCUUCCUGGAACUCAAUAAUUGGGGGGUUGGCAUUUCAUGGCCAUGCGGAGUCGGCUCUCUCCCUUUUUGAGGAGAUGCAAAGGGGGAAAAUGGUCAGGCCCAAUGGGAUCACGUUCGUUGGGGUUUUGGUUGCUUGCAGCCAUGCAGGCAAGGUGGAGGAGGGCCGUCGAUGGUUUGAAAUCAUGAGAAAUAAGUACAAAAUUGAGCCGAACAUCAAGCACUAUGGUUGUAUGGUGGACAUCCUUGGCAGAGCUGGGCUUCUGAAAGAAGCCUUCGACUUCAUAGAAGGAAUGGCAAUUGAGCCUAAUGCUAUCAUCUGGAGAACACUUUUGGGGGCGUGUAGGAUUCAUGGCGACCUCUGUUUGGCUGAGCGUGCAACAAGAAAGCUUCUUGAACUCAGACCGGAUCAAAGUGGUGACUACGUUCUGUUGUCGAAUAUGUAUGCAUCGAUUGGCAGAUGGGAUGGAGCAGAAGAGGUGAGGAAGUUGAUGGGAAAUAGAGGUGUGAGGAAGGAGCCUGGUUGUAGUUUGAUAGAAGUGAACAGUGAAUUGUUUCAUUUCUUGCUAGAUUCAAAGCCUCCUCGAACAAUAAAUUCUCAAAAGUGAUGCAGCAUAUUUAUCAACUUUCUUGUUCGCUUUUUUCAUUGCAAUUUUGGGCAUGCCAAGGUUUAAACCUUAGAGAUGGUUAAUGGUUGAUAUAAGUGAUGUGAACUGAGAACCAUGGUUUCGGAAUCUUAAUUGUUAGGGUUAAGUUAGCACCCCUUCAGGAGAAGUGAAAGAUACAAGGUGCACUCUCCCUAAAGCUCCUUUUUAUGCACUUAUAUUGGUUGUUUGUGGAUACUUUGUAACCCACUUGACUGGAGCUCGAACUAUUCCUCAUGACUGAUAUGAACUUGUAGAACUAGAUUUCUUUUUUGGUGGGUUAAUGCUUUACUCAGACUGAAGCUCCUUCAGGCAAAUUGUAUGGCUGCAGAAAACAUGGUUUUGACUCUUGCAUAAUGGGAGCAUUGGUUUCAUUAUUCCAAGACUUAUAGUUGGCUAUCUCUCUCUCGAACAGAAUGUUUUGCCUCAUGAGGUGCAGGCUGAUUAUUCAAGGUCCUUGCAGCUACAGCACUCUACCACUUUAUGCAAUUGUCACACAGGUGGGAAUUAUUCAAGGGGCAAUAUUUGAUGAGCAUGCGCAUGAGGGCCUUGUGGGUUGAGAAGGUAAAGAAAAGAAAAAGACUUAAACCGUGGAAGGUGAAGAUGCUCCAAGACAGACAAACAGAGUGGGUGGAUCCUCCAAGGGUAUUCAAAUGCAAUAAGUAAAAAUAGAAGCUUUGCUAGAAGCAGUACUGCAUUGCAAUGUCUGGGUCUACUGGACAGUAUGUCGUGUGUGAACUUGGUGAGCAGAACUUGGUUUUACUGAGCCAUCUAUUGUGGUGCAUCGCUGCAUCUUUGUCGGCAAGUCGGCAACGCAAAUCGUAUUGUGUUUCCCCUUUAUGGUUGCAAGAUUUCUAGGUUCUAGAAGAAUAUGUCCAGUUCUUGGAUGUGGAAAUUGGCAAUGCCCAGGUACAGAGUGAUUGUUUUCGCUCUGGUGGUGGCAUUGACUAUACGUCCUGCAAGGAAAAAUGAGUCUCUGGGAUUUUAUAGACACCGAAUGGGCUGCAAGAAGCUGCAUUUGGAAUGCUUGAUGUCAAUUAGCCGAUGAAAAAUUCUACGUUCAUGCACAACUAGCUUGUAAAUGAUCUGCAGGUGCCAAGCGAGAAGGGUCAUCAAAAUAACGACCAGAGGGUUGUACCGAGAAAGUUUCAUUAUGAGGGUUAUAUGUUGUGCUUGCCAGUUUUAACUUGAUUAGCUUAAGAUGUGGGCUUGCUUUAGCUAUCCUUUUCUUUCUUUUCUUUUUUUUUCCCUCUCUUUAAUAUCAUUAUUGGUUGUUUAAUCUUGCAUGUAGGCAGUGAAAAUGGUCCUAGAGAGCACAAUAGUGAAGCAGAAAUCAGUUUAUUCUUGUCUUGAAGAUCUUUUGAGAGGAAGUAGAACAUUGAUACCAAAUUUAUAGUGAAAAUGAAUGACUUUCUGUAAGCUAAAA